CUGCCGCUGUCAAAGCAUUUACGGCCGUGCUGCCGCAAAGCGCUGGAGCGCGGCGGCCGAGCAACUGGUUUUCCGGAUCCGGGGGCUGCAGGUGGUGAAGUAUGUAUAAGAGUGGAUUGAUUCCAUGUUAAAUGAAAAUGGCUAAUUCUUUGAGAGGAGAAGUACUAGCCCUUUACAAAAAUCUGCUGUAUCUUGGACGGGACUAUCCAAAAGGAGCAGACUAUUUUAAAAGGCGUUUGAAGAAUGUUUUCCUUAAAAACAAGGAUGUGAAGGACCCAGAGAAGAUCAAAGAGCUUAUUGCACGAGGAGAAUUUGUAAUGAAGGAGCUAGAGGCCUUAUACUUCCUUAGGAAAUACAGAGCUAUGAAGCAACGUUACUAUUCAGAUACCAACAACUAACCAACCGUUGCUAUCAACACCUGGCUGUUUGUGUGUACCAACUAUUAUAAAAUGAUUCCAUUCACACUGUCACAGUACAUGUUUAAAAACCCAGAGGUGCCCUAAUGCAUUAAAAUGUGUGUCAGCCUCAUCGA